GCCACCCCCACCACACUGUGGCCGGCGCCGUGGCCGGAGCAGAGCCGCACGCCGCGCACUUGUUCACUUGCUUCAUCGUCUCGAGCCUGCCGUGCCCUGUGCGUACAGCGUGCAGCGUGCGGUGGAUGAGGUGCGCUGAAGGGGUGUCGCGACGCCGGUCUGAGUGAGGGCGUGUCUCACCGGGGAAGCCCCACCGGGCCACCGCGACGGAGCGCGGAGCUGGAAGGCAUCUUUACCCCGUCACCUGAGCUCCAUGGCGGGUGGGUGACGCGAUGACGGGGCCCGGGGCCGUGGCCCUGUCGGCCCUGCUGGCCCUGGUGCACGUCGGCAUCCUGGCCGUGGGCGAGCACCUCCUCGUCGGCUACCUCACCGGCUCGGACCGCCGGCCCUACGACCACCGCUACCACCGGCCGGGUCUCGCCAUCUCGGGGGCCAUCGCCCUCGCCAGGGACGAGCUGGUCGCGCCUGACGGGCUGCUGGGCUCGCGCGGACACAGCCUGGACUUCCUAGUGUCCGAGACGUACGGCGAGGAGGUGACCAGCAUCCUGGAGACGGCCGCGCUGUGGACGCGCAACGUGAGCGCCUUCAUCGGGCCGCAGGAGACGUGUGUGCACGAGGCCAAGCUGGCGGCUGCCUUCAACCUGCCCAUGAUCUCCUACUACUGCACCAACUACGAGACGUCCGACAAGAAGGAGUACCCGACGUUCGCCCGCACCAGGCCGGCCGACACGCAGAUCUCCAAGUCCGUGGCGGCCGUGUGCAGGGAGUUCAACUGGACCCACGUGUCGUUCGUGUCGCAGGCGGACCACGUGACCGACCACGUGGCCGAGGCCAUUCUGCGCGCGCUGGCCGCGGCCGGCGUGCACGUGGCGGCGCGGUCGGCGUGGCAGGACGCCUACCACCACGGCUACUCGGAGAACCCGUUCCUGGACAUCGUGCGCGACACGCACCGCGACACGCGAAUCUACAUCAUCCUUGGGGGGCAAGAUGACCACAUCGGCUUCCUCGCGGCCAUGGAGUCCCUCCACCUGUUUGACAAUGGCGAGUACUGGGUGGUCGGCGUGGACGCGGAGGAGUACUCGUCGGACCACGCGGAGCGCUACCUGCGCGGCCUGCUGCGCGACGCCACGGUGCGGCUGCAGGAGGAGCUGUGGUGGCCGGCCGGACAGCCCCCCGUCGCCGAGCCCGUGUGCGGUUUCCGAGGGGAGCGCUGCAUCCGGCACACCGGCGAGAUCGCGGGCGGCGUGGCCGGCAGCCUGCUGCUGCUGACGCUCAUCGCGGGGCUGGUGGUGUACCGCAACUGGCGCUACGAGCAGGAGCUGGACUCGCUGCUGUGGAAGGUGGACUUCCGCGAGAUCAAGAUGGCCGACGCCUCGACGCCGGGCGCCAAUGGCGCGGCCAACGGCGUGGCCAACGGGCACGUGCAGCUCAACGGGCAGGCGGAGCGCGUCAAGGACAAGCAGGCCGACGCCCCCGACGGACACCAGAACCACUCGCCGCAGCCGCCGCUCCGCACGUCGCAGGUGUCGCUGAGCUCUAACCCGGACGCCGACUUCCGCUACUCGUGCAUCUACACCACGGUGGGAGUGUACCGGGGCAGGGUGCUGGCCGUCAAGAAGCUGGGCAAGACCUCCAUCGACAUUACGCGCGCCGUCAAGAAGGAGCUCAAGCUGAUGCGAGACCUCCGACACGACAACCUGAACGCGUUCAUAGGCGCGUGUGUGGACCCGCCCAACGUGUGCAUCGUGACGGAGUACUGCACCCGCGGCAGCCUCAAGGACAUCCUGGAGAACGAGGACGUCAAGCUGGACAACAUGUUCAUCGCCUCUCUCGUAGGAGACAUCUUGCGGGGGAUGAUAUUCCUGCACGACUCCCCGCUGCGCUUCCACGGCAACCUCAAGUCGUCCAACUGCCUGGUGGACUCGCGCUGGGUCGUCAAGGUGGCCGACUUCGGCCUGCACGAGCUGAAGCGCGGCGCGGACGACGCGGGUGGCGCCACGCUGCUGCAGCAGCUGCAGUUGCACCACCUGCACCGCGCCAACAACAACCACGACCAGGACACGCCGUGCAAGUGCGACGGGCUGCUGUACCGCGCCCCGGAGCUACUCCGCGCCGCCCUGGCCGCCCCCCGCGGCUCGCAGAAGGGCGACGUCUUCGCGUUCGGCGUGGUGCUGUACGAGAUCCAGGGCCGCCACGGGCCGUACGGCGACUGCGCCCUGGCCGUCGAUGAGGUCCUGCGCCGCGUGCUGCACCCAGAGCCCGGCCAGCCGCCGUACAGGCCGCCCCUGGACAGCCUGGAGAACAGCUUCGACUUCGUGCGGGAGUGCCUGCAGGAGUGCUGGGCCGAGGACCCGGAGCUGCGGCCCGACCUCAAGGCGGUGCGCGCGCGGCUGCGGCCCCUGCGGAAGGGCAUGAAGCCAAACAUUUUCGACAACAUGAUAGCCAUGAUGGAGAAGUACGCCAACAACCUGGAGGUCCUGGUGGACGAGCGCACAGACCAGCUGCAGCAGGAGAAAAGGAAGACGGAGGCCCUGCUGUACGAGAUGCUGCCGCGCUGCGUGGCCGACCAGCUGAAGCGCGGCCAGAAGGUUCAGGCCGAGAGCUUCGACAGCGUCACCAUUUACUUCAGCGACAUCGUGGGUUUCACGGCCAUGUCGGCGCAGAGCACGCCGCUGCAGGUGGUGGACUUCCUCAACGACCUGUACACCUGCUUCGACUCCACCAUCGGCCACUUCGACGUCUACAAGGUGGAGACCAUCGGCGACGCCUACAUGGUGGUAUCCGGCCUGCCGGUGCGCAACGGCGACGCCCACGCCGCCGAGGUGGCGUCCAUGUCGCUGCAGCUCCUGGAGGCCGUCAAGACGUUCCGUAUCCGCCACCGGCCCGGCGACGCGCUGCAGCUUCGCAUUGGAAUCCACUCGGGGCCGGUGUGUGCCGGCGUGGUGGGCCUCAAGAUGCCCCGGUACUGCCUCUUUGGCGACACGGUCAACACCGCCUCGCGCAUGGAGUCCAACGGGCUGCCGCUGCGGAUCCACUGCUCGGCCGAGUGCGCGGCGCUGCUGCAGCGCAUCGGCGGCUACGAGCUGGCCGACCGCGGCCUGGUGCGCAUCAAGGGCAAGGGUGACGUGCGCACGUACUGGCUGCUGGGGGAGUCGGAGGAGCGCAGGGCGGCGCGCCAGGGCAGGAAGGGUUCCCCCGGCCGGGUCUUCGUGGGCGCCGGGUCGCCGGGUGGCGCCGAGGGCGGCGACGGCGGCAUGCUGAGCGUCAUCGUGGACCCCAGCCACCUGAGCGCGUCGUGCCCCGCCAUCGACCACCUGCAGCUGCCGGCGCCCCUCCUCUGCCCGCCGACGCCCCAGCAGCAGCUCAGCGCGCAGCGGCACGAACUAUUCCAGAAUGUAGUACGUGAGGUGAUUGUAUUACUGUCAUAUGAAUAUGUGUCGAAGCCUGUAAUUACAUUCCCCUGCGAGAACUACCCUCGUGUUUUAUUUCGUCCAGACAGUGGUGAAAACUGA